UCUAGCCUGUUCAUCCAUCCUUAAUUGGUUCGAUCGAUCUCUUUGUGCAUACAUAUCACGCAACAUAGAAAUGGCUUCCACAAGUUUCUUGUUGGUGACUCUUGUGCUUCUCCUGUCACUCAUAGUUAUUGUCUCUGCAAACGAUUAUGGAUAUGCCCCGAAGCCCGAUUAUCAGGAGAAACCAAAACCCGAAAAUAAACCUCUCCCCACAAAACCAAACUAUGAGGAGAAACCAAAACCCGAAACACCGGAUUUUGAGAAAUCAAAACCAGCAGAAGAGUAUAACUUACUCCCGACAAUCAUUGGUAUUCAAGGGACUGUUUUAUGUAAAUUAGGCUCCAACAUCUUCCCACUUAAAGGAGCCAUUGCAAAGAUAACAUGUGUAGCUAUUAAUGAGAAUGGAUACGAGACAGCUCCUUUCUCCACACUGACUGAUGGAUGCGAUGAAAACGGCUACUUCUUUGCAACAUUAUCAGGGCUUAAAGAUAAUUGGAAGCUAAAGGAAUGCAAGGCAUUCCAAUAUUAUUCUCCACUGGAAACUUGUAAAGUUCCUAUUGCUAAUCACGGUUUAAGUGGUGAUCUCCUAUCUUCUUACCGCAUCCUCAACGACAAGCAUACCAAGUUAUACUCCCUGGGAUCUUUCUUCUACACCUCAGAAUCCCAGUCAGCCCCUGGUGGUGGUGGUGGUGGUUAUUAGAGAACGAACAUGCAUAUUUGCCUAUAUAUGUUGUUUUGAUUUCUUUUCUUUUUUUUUUCUUCUUUUCAAAUUAAUUUAUUAUUUUGAGCUUUGGGAAAGUUGUGGGAUAUUUGAUCAGUACUGUAUGUUGCUUAUCACGUACUGAUUUCAUUGUAAUAACUUUUGUUCAAUUAUGAAGUUGAGGCAUGUUUCUGCA